UUUGGCACCUCAUCAUUUUCUAUUUGCGUCACUGCAUUGCCCCACUAGUUCAGGAUGAGAGAGACAAGCCGUACUCAGCGUGAAAAGAAUAUCUGCCUUUUUUGACAUUUUGUGUAUGUGAGCGAGAGUGUGUGUUUGGGGGGGAGUGAUGUCAUAACUGGAAGAGGGAGCGAGGGGAGGGGAGGCUAGUGGGCUGACUUCUCCCUCGGCAUCUCUGCUUCCCCAGCCAGCCCAGAGUAACACCCAGCCUGCCUCACUGCUAGAGACUACUACACAGUGGGCUCUUCAGAGCACAACACACUCUCACACAAACACACCGGCGAAAACACACACACAGGUGCUCCGGACCAGCUGUCCUUUGUAAAGCGAGCAGUAGAUUCCAGCUGUUUUUUUUAUCUGUCUGAACGGUGCAGAGAGGAGUGAGAAUGCCUUCACGAAGCCUAGACUGUGAUAUCUCUGUCCUCAUCGCCUGUGUGGUGGACGUUGAGGUGUUCACCAGUCAGGAGGUCAAGGAGAUGUUCGAGGCCCUGUUCCUGGCCUACGAUGAGCAGGUGACGUUUCAGCUGUUCAAGAGCUUCCGGCGUGUCCGCAUCAACUUCAGCAACCCCAAAGCAGCCGCCAGCGCCAGGAUAGAGCUGCACGAAACGCCCUUCAGAGGCAAGAAGCUCAAACUCUACUUUGCCCAGGUCCAGAACCCAGUAUCAGAUGGUGAUAACCUGCACCUGGCUCCUCCCCAGCCCUCUAAACAGUUCCUCAUCUCCCCUCCCGGCUCGCCGCCCAUUGGCUGGCAGCAGAUAGACGAGACCACGCCCGUCAUCAACUACGACCUGCUCUAUGCUGUGGCCAAGCUGGGCCCCGGAGAGAAGUUUGAGCUGCAUGCUGGAACAGAGUCCACCCCCAGUGUUGUUGUCCAUGUCUGCGACAGCGACACCGAGGAAGUCGAGGAACCAAAGAAUUGCCCCAAACCAAAAAUCAUCCAGACCCGGCGCCCUGACCUUCCUACUUCUCACUGAACUCUGUCCCCCUUCCACUUCCUGUCGUAACAUCGUCAUCUGGAGGAAGGAGAAUCGAUCCCCUGUCUCUCUCUCACAGGAACAAUCCCCGUGUUCAGCACUCCCCACCCUACGGCCACCUCGCCCGGGCCAGAAGGGGAGUGCUCUCUGUUACUCAUCCUCGUCGACAUACAGCCGUUGAUGUGCUACAUGUAUGAUUGUGUUGGCAAUACUCCAUACUUAAAUCAAGAUACAGCCACCAUACUCUCAGUGAUUGGUUCCUAUCUGUAUGAUUCUGUUGUUGUAAUGUCACACAGUUUGCAGUGAUGGGGCAGCACCUUGCUUUGAGCUCGGCCUCUGAUUGGCUUAGGGGUUGUGGCGAAUGCCAGUGUAAAGAAGCCCAUUGGUCGCCUUUAUAGACGUGUGUUAGCUUUGCUCUCGCUCCACUGCGUAUGUACCACAAGCACUGACGAUGAAUAGCGCUUCUCUCAUUAGGGCAUGCUAGCUACUGAGGUGGUGGGAUGAGUUGAAGUAACCUGAAGGAGCAUUAUGGUAAAUGGUCAAUACUUUGUCCUAUAGUCCCCUUAAAGUUGGGUUAUUCAUCGUGUUAUCAGUGCUGUCUGUCGACCAUGGGAAUUCUUUCAAUCUCGCCAAUGCAUGCACUGGUCUGAUCUAGUUUGUGUGUUUACUUUGUUCCGUUUUCUGUAUGUAGCUGUCAAUUUGACCUCUCUUCUCUCUUCGCUAACUUCUCUCUUUUAUCUCCCUGUGUUUUCUGGCUACCGGUGUCCUUCACAGAAAACAAGGCUAUUAACAGUUACAAUCCAUGCAUCUUACAGGGAAAGAUUAUGUACAAUGACAUUUCUGUGAUUGUUCCUCAGUGUGAAUUUUUCUGUGUCCAUGUCUUGUCCCUGAAAGUCUGUUUGAAGAAAAGGGAGUAGAAGAAAACAAAAGAAAAAAACAUAACAAAGAAAAAAAUGCAAUGCCUGGUGGCCACCUUUUCCUCAUUGGCUGAAAUGGAGAGCCAAUCAUAUCACGUGAAGCCAGUCUAUAAAGUGCAUGGUUAUGGUUUUUAUAGAGAUAUUGUGUUGUCUGAGAACCGUGGCUCAGUCAUGGGAUUUCCUCGUGUUUCCUUUAUGUGCCUCUGUAGGGAGCGAGAAAGAAACAUUUAUUCAAACUCACCACGAAGAAAAUAAAUGCAUGAUGACGAUCCUGAGAGGAAAAAAAUAAUGUUAUUAUAGAGUUACACAAAUCUUCCAAGUGCUAUUACACAGUUUCUGUCGAGAUGGUCAAGGGGAAUUACAUACUGUACUCACACACACAACCAUGUUUGUUUUCCUUUAUUGUGUGUUUUGUUUUUCCUGUGUUGGUUCAAUGAGUGUCUUCUUGGUGUGCCUGAUUUAACUUAUAGGCAGUAGAACAAGCCCUGUACAAAUUGGACCUCCCUGUCUAUUUGUGGAGAACUGGCGUUGUGAUACAUUUUCUAUUGUCCAAACUAUUGACCCUUCCUGUUUCAGACAUUGCACCUACACUCUGAUUCUACAUUACUGUGACCCACUGAUUCAACCCUGGGUGCUUUUAUACACUAACGCCUCACUCUAAACCCUCACUGUAACCCCUCACUGUAACCCCUCACUCUAAACCCUCACUGUAACCCCUCACUGUAACCCCUCACUGUAACCCCUCACUGUAACCCCUCACUGUAACCCCUCACUGUAACCCCUCACCAUAACCCCUCACUGUAACCCCUCACUCCAACCCCUCACUGUAACCCCUCACUCUAAACCCUCACUGUAACCCCUCACUGUAACCCCUCACUCAAAACCCUCACUGUAACCUCUCAUUGUACAUCAUUCCAAUCCCCAUCUCUGAUAACGAUGGCUCAAAUGAUCAGAUUUGAUAACCCAGUUCAAAGUGCACUAACUGAAAUUAUUUUUUAAUUCCAACCAGUUCCAGUAGGUUGUAGUUUAAUUCCAACCAGUUCCAGUAGGUUGUAGUUUAAUUCCAACCAGCUCCAGUAGGUUGUAGUUUUAUUCCAACAAGCUCCAGUAGGAUGUAGUUUAAUUCCAACCAGUUCCAGUAGGAUGUAGUUUAAUUCCAACCAGUUCCAGUAGGUUGUAGUUUUAUUCCAACAAGCUCCAGUAGGAUGUAGUUUAAUUCCAACCAGUUCCAGUAGGAUGUAGUUUAAUUCCAACCAGUUCCAGUAGGUUGUAGUUUUAUUCCAACCAGCUCCAGUAGGUUGUAGUCUAAUUCCAACCAGCUCCAGUAGGUUGUAGUUUUAUUCCAACCAGCUCCAGUAGGUUGUAGUUUUAUUCCAACCAGUUCCAGUAGGUUGUAGUUUAAUUCCAACCAGCUCCAGUAGGUUGUAGUUUUAUUCCAACCAGCUCCAGUAGGUUGUAGUUUUAUUCCAACCAGCGCCAGUAGGAUGUAGUUUUAUUCCAACCAGCUCCAGUAGGUUGUAGUUUUAUUCCAACCAGCUCCAGUAGGAUGUAGUUUAAUUCCAACCAGUUCCAGUAGGUUGUAGUUUUAUUCCAACAAGCUCCAGUAGGAUGUAGUUUAAUUCCAACCAGUUCCAGUAGGUUGUAGUUUUAUUCCAACAAGCUCCAGUAGGAUGUAGUUUAAUUCCAACCAGUUCCAGUAGGUUGUAGUUUUAUUCCAACAAGCUCCAGUAGGAUGUAGUUUAAUUCCAACCAGUUCCAGUAGGUUGUAGUUUAAUUCCAACCAGUUCCAGUAGGUUGUAGUUUUAUUCCAACAAGCUCCAGUAGGAUGUAGUUUAAUUCCAACCACUUCCAGUAGGUUGUAGUUUAAUUCCAACCAGUUCCAGUAGGAUGUAGUUUAAUUCCAACCAGUUCCAGUAGGUUGUAGUUUAAUUCCAACCAGUUCCAGUAGGUUGUAGUUUAAUUCCAACCAGUUCCAGUAGGUUGUAGUUUAAUUCCAACCAGCUCCAGUAUGAUGUAGUUUAAUUCCAACCAGUUCCAGUAGGUUGUAGUUUAAUUCCAACCAGUUCCAGUAGGAUGUAGUUUAAUUCCAACCAGUUCCAGUAGGUUGUAGUUUAAUUCCAACCAGUUCCAGUAGGUUGUAGUUUAAUUCCAACCAGUUCCAGUAGGUUGUAGUUUAAUUUCAACCAGCUCCAGUAGGUUAUAUUUUUAUUUUACCUGCAAUAUUUUCCUAUCUGUUAUUGUAUAACAUUUAGUCAUUCUAAUCGAUAUUUUAAGCAGAUCAAAUGAUGUUGGUAAUAAUGAGCCACUAUCCUUGUGGAAGUCAUAGACUUCAAAUGAAAUUGAAUACAGGCCCGUUCCUAAAAACACCAGGUUUGAAUCAUGUAUUGUAAAUGGUGCAUAUCAAAUGUUUACAAUAGUGUAUUCCUCUUCCUUGUUUUAUUUCAUACAUGCUGGCUUUAAGACACUGUUCCCUCACUGUAUGGUCAGAUGAACCAGACACGACACAUGCCACUGUCCCAAGUAUGUACUACAGCCACCAUUACUACCCUCAAUGAGGUGACUUGUAUACAUGCAAUGGUUUUUGUUCUGGACUUUGGUGUCUUUCGCCUAGACCUCGGAUCUGUUGAAUCUGCGCUACAAUCUGCGCUACAAUCCUCCAAACGUAAACACAAUAGACACUAUGUACCUGUGUAUGAUUCAACAUGUCCCGAUAUUUGUAUUUUAUUUUCAAAUUAAAAUCAUUAUGUUAUUAUCUGUUUCUUCUAAGAGUCCGUUGGAUUGGAAGGGAAUAUCAGUGAUGGAGGUAACCAGUAUGUGUAUUGUGUAAAAAUAGUGUAUGACCAUCAAUGUACUUGUCAUUCUACACGUAACGUUACAACAACCUGCCUGCCUACACUAAGGAGACAUAUCUGUAUAUAUUAAUCAAUACUAUUUUUACUGCAUUUUUGUACAAAUAUUCAUGGUAGCCAUGUACAAGUAGUUCAAAUGAUUCUAUGGUAGUAUUAAAAUAGUUUGGUUUUAA